AUGUCUGAACAAGAAAAAUAUUUUAUAAAAAUAAUUAGCGUUCUGGAGAAAUAUAAAAAUCUAGUAGAUUGUCAUUUGGUUGAUUUUUUCAUAGAUGAUUUAUGGAACAAAUUUAUGCCAGAUGACUUGAAACAUUACAUUGAGGAAAAUGGUCAGAUUGUUAUUAAUGAAUUUGAAAUAUACAAUGAUUUGUACCAAAAUGAAAAUUCUCAGCUUCAAAAGUUUUUAAAAACUAUUAGUCUUCUGAGGCUAGAAAACUGUUCAGGUGUAUGUCUUAGAAAAGAUUUCAUGAAUAGAUUGAACAACGUAAAAAUUCCAUUUUACCAAUCUCCUGAACUUGAAUUCAUGAAAGUUAAGAAGUGGCAUGAAGUUAGUAUAUAUACAAAAGCAAUAGUAUGGCUUGUGGAAGAAACACCAAGCAUUAUUAUUGAUGCUGGAGCUGGCAAAGGAUAUUCUUCCUUACAUUUAUCAAACUAUUAUAACUUUCCAACAAUAGCAAUUGAGUGUUCUCAGAUUAAUCAUAAAGGAGCGAUUGCCCAUCAAAAAUUAGUAAAUAAAAAAGUUAAACUAUCAAGGUCUAUGAUAAACUACGUAGUAGAGCAGAUAAAUGAAACAACAAAUUUCGUGCAGAUAGCAACUAAUUAUUAUCCUGAUUUAUAUUCACAAAGUGAGCUUGCUCUGACUGCUUUGCACGCAUGUGGGUCGCUGACUGAUUUCUUAAUAAAGUCAUUCUUGGAUGUUAGUGAUAUAAAAAGAUUGUGCCUAGUUCCUUGUUGUUAUCACUUGGCGUCACGAUCACUUUCAAGUAUCUACGAAUUUUCAAAGAAUUCGAGAAUGCUAGCACAGCAGUCUGCUGAUAGAAUCAAGCGGAAGAAUGAGCCGUUAUCGCCUUCAUUGUUUUAUAGAGCUGUUCUCCAAGUUGUACUUCAAUCUAUUGGAAUCAAAGAAGCUCGGAUUGGCCGCGGAGCACCACUGGACAGUUUUAUAAUGUACGCCAAAUGGGCUUUAACGAAGCUUGACUUGAAGGAGCUUCCUUCGGAUGAAAUUCUUGAACAAAUUUUCGACUCGUAUAGAAGUUUUGAAUGGAAAUUUCAGGUUUUUCAAUUAUUAAGAAUUGAACUGGCGCCAAUCGUAGAGGCAGCAAUUAUUUUGGAUAAAAUAGUAUUCAUGCAAAAGCGAAAUAUUUGCAAGAAGUUGGAAUUAAUCCAGCUGUUUGAUCCAAUAACAUCUCCGCGCAACUGGGCAAUUGUCGCGACAAAGUAGGAUAAUUUUAUAAGACUUGUACAUACGCAGAUAGUUAAUGAGUAUUGUUAUAAUAUAUUAAUUGAAUAAAUAUAUUUCUCUAAAAACAAACCGA